AUGGCUUCACACCCAAAAGUACAAUGUUAUCUUCAGUGUUUCACUCUGAUUUUCUUCCUCUGUUUUGGUCUCAUUUUGCCAUCUCCCAACACCAUUUUAGACUACAACAACCUAGUCUACAAAAACUGCGUAAACCAAACACACACCGAUCAAAGCAAUCCUCCCCCAGAAUUGCUUUCAAACCUUUUCCAAGAACUCAUUGCUCAGUCCUCCAAAUCUAAGUUCUUCGAAACCUAUAUUGGCGAUGACAACGCUGCCAUUUCCGGCCUCUUUCAGUGCAGAGAGGACCUCAGUAACGGCGACUGCAACAACUGCGUGACCAAACUUCCAGAAUUAUCAAACACUUUGUGUGGCGACACGAUUCCAGCUCGGGUCCAGCUCUCCGGGUGCUAUGUACACUAUGAGGUCGACGGGUCUGAGAGCUCUGGACUCGAAUUGCUUCACAAGACUUGCAGCGAAUCGAAAGCGGUUUCAAGUGGAUUUGAAGAGCUGCGUGAGGGUGCUUUCGCGGCACUCGAAAGUGGUGUGAUGAGUGGGCAUGGGUUUUGUGACAUGAGCUAUGAGUCUAUGCGUGUGAUGGCACAGUGUGGGGGGAGUUUGGGAGAUUGUGAGUGCGGUGAGUGUGUGAGCUAUGCUGCAAGAAUAGCUCUGGAUGAAUGUGGAUACUCACUUUCGGGCCAAGUUUAUUUGGGCAACUGCUUUAUUAGCUAUAGUUACUAUCGAAAUGGGAUGCCAAGCGACUCAUAUAAAGAGAAUGGAACGGGAAACACUUCAGGGAGAUUAGUAGCAAUUGUUGUGGGAGGUGCAGCUGCUUUGUUCUUUGUGCUUCUAUUUUUUUACUUCAUUAGGUCUUGUGGAAAGAAAAAAGAUGAUUGGUGA